AAUGCGAGGGGCGGCUUGCUAAGGCGCCUCAGCUUUCUGACCUGACGUGUUUUCGGCCAGAGUUCUGUAGCGGUCGGGAUUCCGCCCGGGUCCGGAUUCUACGCCGGGAGCCAAGAUGCUCAAGUCCAAAACGUUCUUAAAAAAGACCCGCGCGGGCGGCGUGGUGAAGAUCGUGCGCGAGCACUACCUGCGCGAUGACAUCGGCUGCGGGGCCCCGGCCUGCGCGGCUUGCGACGGGGCGCACGCGGCCCCGGCCCUGGAGUCGCAGCCCGGCGACCAGGCGAGCAGCCUCUGCCCGUGGCCGCACUAUCUCCUGCCGGACACCAACGUGCUGCUGCACCAGAUUGAUGUUCUGGAAGACCCAGCUAUCAGGAAUGUCAUUGUGCUCCAGACAGUCCUGCAGGAAGUGAGAAACCGGAGUGCCCCCAUCUAUAAGCGGAUCAGGGAUGUGACGAAUAACCGGGAGAAGCAUUUUUACACAUUCACUAACGAGCACCAUAAAGAAACCUACAUUGAACAAGAACAGGCAGAAAAUGCUAAUGACAGAAAUGACAGAGCCAUUCGAGUAGCGGCAAAAUGGUACAACGAACAUUUGAAGAACAUAUCAGCAGAAAACCAGCUGCAAGUUAUCCUUAUAACAAAUGACAAGAAAAACAAAGAAAAAGCUGUAGAAGAAGGAAUCCCAGCUUUCACGUGUGAGGAAUAUGUAAAAAGCCUAACUGCUAACCCUGAGCUUAUAGAUCGUCUUGCUUGCUUGUCUGAGGAAACGAAUGAAAUAGAAAGUGGAAAAAUAAUAUUUUCAGAGCAUCUUCCCUUAAGUAAGCUCCAACAAGGCAUAAAAUCUGGCUCAUACCUUCAAGGAACAUUUAGAGCUAGCAGGGAAAAUUAUUUAGAAGCUACAGUGUGGAUUCACGGAGACAAAGAAGAUGAAAAAGAGAUACUUAUACAAGGACUAAAACAUCUAAAUAGAGCUAUUCAUGAAGACAUUGUGGCUGUGGAGCUUCUGCCCAGGAGUCAGUGGGUGGCACCAUCUUCUGUGGUUUUACACGAUGAAGGUCCAACGGAAGAUGAUGUGGAGAAAGAUGAGGAGAGAGAACUCAUGCUUAAGACUGCUGUAAGUGAAAAAAUGUUGAGAGCUACAGGUAGAGUUGUAGGAAUAAUAAAACGGAACUGGAGACCAUAUUGCGGCAUGCUUUCCAAGUCUGAUAUUAAGGAGUCAAGAAGACAUCUCUUUACACCUGCUGAUAAGAGAAUUCCACGAAUUCGAAUAGAAACCAGACAGGCUUCUGCACUAGAAGGACGGAGAAUUAUUGUCGCUAUUGAUGGUUGGCCUAGAAAUUCUAGAUAUCCAAAUGGACACUUUGUUAAAAAUUUAGGUGAUGUUGGAGAAAAAGAGACAGAAACAGAAGUUCUGUUGCUUGAACAUGAUGUUCCUCAUCAGCCCUUUUCCCAGGCUGUCCUUAGCUUCCUGCCCAAGAUGCCGUGGAGUAUUACUGAGAAGGACAUGAAAAACCGAGAAGACCUGAGACAUCUGUGUGUUUGCAGUGUCGACCCUCCAGGAUGUACUGACAUAGAUGAUGCCCUGCAUUGUAGAAAACUCAGUAAUGGAAAUUUGGAGGUUGGUGUUCACAUUGCUGACGUUAGCCAUUUCAUCAGGCCAGGAACUGCGUUGGAUCAAGAAUCAGCCAGAAGAGGAACAACUGUUUAUCUUUGUGAAAAGAGGAUUGACAUGGUUCCAGAGUUGCUUAGCUCUAACUUAUGCUCCUUAAGAUCCAAUGUUGACAGGUUGGCAUUUUCCUGUAUUUGGGAAAUGAAUCAUAAUGCUGAAAUCUUAAAAACAAGAUUUACCAAAAGUGUAAUUAAUUCAAAGGCUUCUCUUACAUAUGCUGAAGCACAGAUGAGAAUUGAUUCAGCAGCCAUGAAUGAUGAUAUUACCACUAGUCUCCGUGGACUAAAUAAACUAGCCAAAGUUCUUAAAAAAGGAAGGAUUGAAAAGGGGGCUUUGACUCUGUCUUCUCCAGAAGUUCGAUUCCACAUGGACAGUGAAACUCAUGAUCCAAUAGAUCUACAGACCAAGGAACUGAGAGAAACAAAUUCCAUGGUGGAAGAAUUUAUGUUACUUGCAAAUAUUUCUGUUGCAAAAAAAAUUCAUGAGGAAUUUUCUGAACAUGCUCUGCUUCGAAAACAUCCAGCUCCACCUCCCUCCAAUUAUGAAAUUCUUGUUAAGGCAGCCAAGUCCAAGAAUUUGGAAAUUAAGACUGAUACAGCCAAGUCUUUGGCUGAUUCUUUGGACCGGGCUGAAUCCCCUGAGUUCCCGUACUUGAACACUCUUUUAAGGAUAUUGGCCACUCGCUGUAUGAUGCAAGCUGUCUACUUCUGUUCUGGGAUGGAUAAUGACUUCCAUCAUUAUGGCUUAGCCUCCCCAAUAUACACACAUUUCACUUCUCCCAUCAGAAGAUAUGCAGACAUAAUUGUUCAUCGGUUGUUGGCCGUGGCUAUUGGGGCUGAUUGUACUUAUCCGGAGUUGACAGAUAAACACAAGCUUUCAGAUAUAUGUAAAAAUCUCAAUUUCCGGCAUAAAAUGGCUCAGUAUGCUCAGCGUGCAUCAGUAGCUUUUCAUACCCAGCUGUUUUUCAAAAGCAAAGGAAUAGUAAGCGAGGAAGCCUAUAUUCUCUUUGUAAGAAAGAAUGCAAUUGUGGUGCUAAUUCCAAAGUAUGGCUUAGAAGGUACAGUUUUUUUUGAAGAAAAAGAUAAACCAAAGCCACGGCUUACUUAUGAUGAUGAGAUACCUUCACUCAGAAUAGAAGGUACAGUGUUCCAUGUCUUUGAUAAAGUUAAAGUAAAAAUCACAUUAGAUUCAUCAAAUCUUCAACAUCAGAAAAUCCGCAUGGCCCUUGUGGAACCACAGAUACCAGGAAUAAAUAUUCCUCCUGAUGUUUCAGACAUGGAUCUCAGUGGGCCAGGAGGGAAGAAGAGGAAACUUGAGAAGUAGCUACAUGCAGCAGAGAACUUCAAAGACUGACGAUUACCGUAGACAACAACAAAAUUGAAAGCAUACUUACAAACUGGUGUGCAUGAUAGUUACUUUCAAGUACAUUUCAAUAAUUUUAAGAAAUUUACAUUUUUAUUGAGUUACUGACUAAAUCUAUCUUAGACUAUGCUUCUGCAACAACAAAAAUUAUGCAGAAAAAUUCAUUUGAAUAUCCAUCACUUAAAUGGUGACAGAAUAGCAACUUCAGGGAUCUGUGAUGAUCAUUUAAAUGGAGUACUCAUCUACUCAUUGACGAGCAGAUUAAUUUUUAUAUAAGUGCUUUAUUUAAUAUAGAAAAAACUCAAUUUCUGAGGAAAAUUAACAUUUUAGAAGCAAAGAACAAGCCUUUCUAAAUCUUGAGCUGUCAGUGUUUGGCAUUUGAUCUUUUUGCCAUUUUAAUUUGCCUACUUAUAACACUGUAUUCACACAUUUUGAAAAGCCUCCUUACUUUACUAGUGGUUCUCAGAACUGAAUGUUUGGGGAUUAUAAGAAAACAAAAACUCAGGUAUCUUGGAUUGGGAACAUUGUGAUGUUGUUGUUAACAGGUGAUAAGUUCCUUAAUCUGUGUUGCCAGUGUUUCUCUCAAACAAGGCAUUACACUUUAGAGAAAGAGUCAAAGUAGAAAUGUCUGCUUUCUUACAAAAACAGGUAAUAGCUUUUGAAUUUUAGUUAUACCCAAUUAUAUAAGAGAGGAGCGAUUGUAUUAGACAUAUUAAAGGAACAAAUGAAGUCUCAUUUGUUGUACCAGUUUGAUUACCUCGUGCCUUGCAAAUCCUAGAUUAAUGAUGACAUUAGGAAAAUUUUAACAUUUGACUUUGUUUAGUCAGUUUCUAGUCUAGUAAACUACUUUUGUGGUAGUAACCAGCUGAAAAGUCCCAGGCUAUAAUAUAGGUACAGUUGUAUCCCGAAUACAAACACACAUUUAGUGCUGUUUUCCAAUUUCCUAUUACAGCAGAUAAUAUUCAUAUGUUAAGGCAGAACUUGAUUUAACUGAAGGAAGACAGUCUUAAGCAGCAUUUGGCCCACAGCAUUUCGGACUGUUGGCUGAACUAUAACUAUAGUACAGCCCUGCUGUACUGUGGUUUAUAAGCUGAACUAUAACUACAGCACAGCCCUGCUGUACUUGUUUAUAAGCAGCCAAACAAUGUGUAAACAGGUAUGGUUAUGUUCCUGAAAUAAAAAGUCAAUUUUCCAAGGAGUAUAACAGAUACUGCUCUUGAGCUUUACCCACCAGUCACUCAAAUUUUUCUGCUAUUGAGUUGAGCAUGUAGUUGAGUGGUAUAAUGAUUGCCUUGGAUUUGAUUAGACUAUUGCAAAGCACAAGACAAGAACUAUUUGCCAGGUACUGGAAAGAUGGCUCAGCAGGUAAGAGAGCACGGCUGUUUUGCCAGAGGACCAGGGCUUGAUUCUCAGUGCCCACAUGAUCUGUACUCCAAUUCCAGGGGAUCUAAUACUACUGUCCUCCAUCACUCAAGUAGUAUACAAACAUAUGUAAAUACAGGCAAGAACAAAGCUAAAAAUGUUAAAAGCUAUUUACCAUCGUUUACCUGCAGUAUGGGGUCAUCUUGGUAAUAAAAAGCCAGUAAGUUGUAUCUGUUAGCUGUUUAUAGAGUUGGACAUUGAUUCUUCCUCAGUUGUUUCUCCACAUUAAUUUUUUGAAACAGGGUGUCUUUCACUGAACUUUAGAGAUUGUCACUUUGAGCUACACUGGCUGGAAAUCAAGUUUCCACCAACCAAAAUGGGAUCACAGUCACAUUCUGGCAAGCUCUCAUGGAGGUUAGGUUUUCAUGCUUUGCAGCAAGCACUCUACCUAUGGAGCAGCCCCCAUGUCUAUUACCGUUCUAAUCAUCUAGAGUGGCUUUAACAAGUACAGGCUUUAAUCUCAACUGAGCAAAUUAAUGAUCAAAAACCUAUAUUCCCCAGGGCCUUCUUUGAGACUUUAAAAUGUUUUUUUCCCUAGUGCCAGUUAUGAAGCUAAGCGGAUUACACAGAUCAUGGUCAUCCUCCCAGUGUCCAGGUUUGCAUCUCCAGAUUGAAAGGACGAAAGUACUUGGGGGAAAAAUAUGUUUAGACAUUUUCAUAUUAGUCAGAAUUCCCCCAGAUACCAUAACUAUUUUCACUGUACUCACAUUGUAGUAGAUAUAAGAAUUUGAGAGGAUCUGAAGUAUAUGAAAAGAUGUGCAUGCCUUACAUGCAAAGACGGUGUCAUUUAAUGAAGGACACUAACACUAGCAUCCCUUGGUUUGUUUCUUACAUCCAUGGAAGGUCCUAAGAACUAGUUCCCUUGGGAUACUGAGGAUGACUGGUUGCAAAUGAAACUCAACAUACCUUUGACCCUUACAUUCUAGUGACUGAUGUAAGAAGACAAAAGUUCAGUGCCAGCCUAGGCUACAUUGUGAGCCAGUCUCAAGACAAACUGAAGGAGCCACUGGAGGACUGCUACUACCAUUUCACAGAUAAAGGCCAGGCCAAGUAGCGAGACAUGAUGUGGGAUUUCAUUGGUCAAUAAAGAAACUGCCUUGGCCCAUCUGUUAGGGCAGAAUUUAGGUAGGCGGAGUUAACAGAAUGCUGGGAGGAAGAAGAAGUGAACUUAGACUCCAUGCCUCUGCUAUCCAGGGCAGAUGCGAUGAAGCUCCGACCCAGGAUGGAUGUAGGCUAGAAUCUUCCUGGUAAGCGCACCUUGGGUGCUACACACAUUAGAAAUGGGCUAGUCCAGAUGUGAGAGUUAGCUGAGAAGAGGCUAGAUAUAAUGGGCCAAGCAGUGUUUAAAAGAAUACAGUUUGUUGUUAUUUCAGGGCAUAAGCUAGCCAGGCGACCAGGGCUGGGGUGGCAGGAACACAGCCCACAGCUCCCACUACAGAGACAAGUUAUUUGAUAUUACUUUAAAAAACUGAAAGGUAGCCAGGGAGGCUGUUCAUCUUAGAACUCCUAGAUAAUAUCUCUCUUUAGAUAAACAUAUUCAAUUGGUCAGUCAACUUCACAACAUUGGUUAGUGUUGGAGCAUGUGACAUGAGCACUGUGUGUGUAUGUCUGUGUGUAAGCAAUAAACAUACUAAGGAUGGAGAACCAUAUAGAACAAGAAUGAACAUGACAAAAUAAUAGUGCAUCUUUAUUUUCUAGGAUUAAUGAUGAGUCAUUGCGAGUAUGCCAGUUUUUACAAAAUAAGUAAACACAAAAAUACAAUCUUUGAUAUUUCCAAAUACAUUUUAUCCAUCUUCUAAUACAGGUUUUUUUU